CAACACAGCAAACAAGGAGAAAGCUUUUUUCCUGUCUCUUCGAUUUACCAAUGCCUCAUCAGAAGCUUUCAGCACUUAUUGAUGCCAUCUGCAAUUUUGUUAUCUGCAAUGACUCUUCCCUUCGAGGUCAGCCCAUUAUCUUCAAUCCUGACUUUUUUGUGGAGAAACUCCGACAUGAGAAGCCGGAGGUCUUCACCGAGUUGGUGGUCAGCAAUAUCACAAGGCUCAUUGACUUACCUGGAACUGAGCUGGCUCAGCUGAUGGGAGAAGUGGACCUUAAGUUGCCUGGAGGGGCUGGCCCAGCGUCAGGAUUCUUCCGGUCUCUAAUGUCUCACAAACGGAAGGAAAAAGGAGUAGUAUUUGGAUCCCCCCUGACGGAGGAAGGCAUUGCCCAGAUAUACCAACUGAUUGAAUAUCUGCACAAAAACUUGCGAGUGGAGGGUUUGUUUAGAGUACCAGGGAAUAGUGUCCGACAGCAGAUUUUAAGGGAUGCUCUCAAUAAUGGAACUGAUAUUGACUUGGAAUCAGGGGAGUUUCACUCAAAUGAUGUUGCCACCUUGCUGAAGAUGUUUCUAGGAGAGUUACCUGAGCCCCUGCUGACGCAUAAACAUUUUCAUGCACACCUCAAGAUUGCUGAUUUGAUGCAGUUUGAUGAUAAAGGAAACAAGACCAAUGUACCAGAUAAGGAGCGGCAAAUUGAGGCUCUUCAGUUGCUCUUCCUCAUCCUCCCUCCGCCCAAUCGUAACUUGCUGAAGUUACUGCUUGAUCUCCUGUACCAGACAGCAAAGAAACAAGACAAGAAUAAGAUGUCUGCCUAUAACCUUGCCCUUAUGUUUGCUCCCCACGUCCUGUGGCCAAAAAAUGUCACUGCAAAUGACCUUCAAGAGAAUAUCACAAAGUUAAACAAUGGGAUGGCUUUUAUGAUUAAACACUCCCAGAAACUGUUUAAGGCUCCUGUUUACAUUCGUGAAUGUGCCAGAUUGCACUAUUUGGGAUCCAGAACUCAAGCAUCAAAGGAUGAUCUUGAUCUAACAGCUUCCUGUCAUUCUAAGUCCUUCCAACUGGCAAAAUUUCAGAAACGAAACCAGGUAGAUUUCUGCUCUCAUCAGGAGGAAACUCAGCAGCGUACGGAAGAGGCACUGAGAGAGCUGUUCCAACAUGUUCACAAUAUGCCGGAGUCAGCAAAGAAGAAACAGCUUAUCAGACAGUUUAAUAAGCACGCUGUGACCCAGACACCCCAGAAGGAACCUUGUACUCCCCGGGCACAGAAGAGGGCCCGGUCACGGUCCUUCAGCGGCCUUAUUAAGCGGAAGGUACUGGGAAAUCAGAUGAUGUCAGAAAAGAAAAACAAGUACGCUACUCCGGAAUCUAUAGCCAUUGGUGAACUGAAGAGAGCCAGCAAAGAAAAUAUGAACUUAGUGUAUUCGGGCUCUCCAGCUGUCACGAUGACACCAACGAGAUUGAAGUGGUCUGAGGGGAAGAAAGAGGGGAAAAAAGGAUUCCUCUGAUGGAUCCAGAGUUCUGUUGUCCACCGGGAAUUUUCUCCUUAGUGGGCCGGGUGUCAUUACCGCUCACAAAGGAGCCAGGACUUGCUGCGUUUUGAGUCGUGAAGUCAGCUAAUCCUCGGCCUGACUGAUGCCUCUGAACCCGCUCACCGGAGGGGUCUGCGGGCUCUGCCAUCUAACCAGGGCUAGCAGCUCGCUCGCUCUCUCUCUUUUUAAUAUUACGGGGAAACCACUAACCAGCCAGCCAACUUAAGCUGCACAGUCAAUGGGCAGAACCAGGUGGACUCCAGCGCUCAUUCCAUGUAUUUCUUCAGGCACAUUCUAUUUUUAAAACUAUGAAAGUUGUGCUCAACUGCCAGUGAUUUUUUUAAAAGGACUGUCAAUCCUGGUAGAUUGAUGUUAUUUUUAACUGAUAUUUUGGGCUUUUCUCUGUUUUGAUAGUGUUGGGGUAUGUUGGUGGUUGUUUCUUGUUUAUUUGUUGUUUGUUAAUUUUUUGUUAAAAGCCAUUUUUGGGGAUAGGUAAUCUAAGUGGAUUCUAACCCAGAAGUCUCUCCCUUCUUUUUCACCUUAAGCCUUGGGAAAGCUCUUUAUCUCAUGAGGCUCUAUUCCUCAAUACCUUGUGUCCAAAGAAUUUAUAGCUUUCCUGGAAAUUUUCUAGUUCUUGGGCCUGAGAUUGCAGGGUAUUUGGCCUGCAGUGUUGAAAAAGGAGAAUUCAGAAGGAUAUAAUACUUUAACCAAUGUCAAUUAUUAAACUGUAUUCCUGCCUCCCUCCCCCCUCCCAUCUUCCUCCCUCCCUCUCUUCCCCUUUCCUCUGUGAUGCCAAAAUAAGUGUGUGGUUGCUGAACUCGUUUCCUUCAUUCAGUUUCCUCUCACCUAAAACAUCUCUGGUGCCAGUACUAAUGUGCCAAAUUACUGUGACUCAAGGACAGUCUCUGACAGCUUAGUAGAGGUUUGCUGAAAUAUCUGUAUGUAGCGGAAGCUCUGGAGUAUGACUAGGAUGGGGCUGGCUGGCUUUAUGUCCAGGACGACUCCUUCUGAGAGGAUUUAAAGGAAAGAAUGUUCUCAUUUGGAAGCAGUUGUGCCUUAUCACCAAUAUUCCAGCAGCGGUUGCUGCACCGUCCCUCUCCUGUCGGAACGGGAACGGGAAGUAGUUGGAGGUGGGGCUGGAGCUUUGACUGGGGUGGGGAUGUUCACAUGUGCUUGUGGUGAGCAGCGGCGUGGCCUUGGUCUAGUGUAAGUACUCUGCCCGGAGAGCACACGUGGCAGGCGAGUGUUCGGUAUGUGCCUGCUCUGUUAAGCUGUGCAACCACUCUCACCUGUGUGCUGGAGCCGAGUCAGGCCUCUGUGGGAAGCAGUUGCCCUCUAAAGUAUGGUUGGCUGACCUAUUUUUAAACUAUUAAAAAUGGUGCAUUAUUCUGAAACUAAGGAGGAUGCUGGGGGAGCAGAUUUGGCUUUGCGUCUGGGUGUCAAUCUUCCAUACUUUCUGUUUGUUUUAUGGCUGUAACAGCAAUAGUGAAAAAAAGAGUAAAAUUUGGCCUUCCAGCUUGAUAGAUUGUGAACAAUAGAUGGUUAAGGGUAUCAAACUGCUUAGAAGCACAUUUCUCUAGAGCAAUUUUAUGUCAUUCUUAAAAAUGCUUAUUAACAAAUCACUUGUGUAGUUUUCUAUUUGAGUUUUUUUCUUCUUGAGAGAAAAUAAAAUUCCUUGCACUAGCCGUCAGUGGAUUCAGACAGAAACCCCUUUUGGUGUGACCAGUCUGAGGGCGGUUCUCCCUUCACUCCGUGCGUCCUUUCUCUGAUCGUCGAGCCUUUCAUCCGAGUGGUGUGGUCUGUUAACACAUUCGAUGUGCUGUCAGGUAGAGAGGGCCAAGCAGUGACCUGAUGCCUCCUUGUCGCUGAGUUCGUUCUGGGAGGUGGCUGAGAUUUAGGAGACUCUUGGCUGAAUGGAGUCGCUAUCAGGGUGGUGUUCUGGGGCUGGGAUGGUGAGAGAGAUGUCUGUCACGUGCACGUGCUUUUGUAUGGCUGGCCCCCUUGGGCAGUGUAAGUGUGUAUUUGGGUAUGUGUGUUUCAUUUAAGUUAUUUAUUAAAUAUGCUUUCCCUUGCUGUAAGGGUAUUAUUGGUCAUUUUUUCAUAGAAGCUGUGAUCCAGUUGGAAGCCAAAUUUGAGAAAUAAACAGCAUAACCUUCUGCCUUGUAAUAUGUGACUGUUCUAAUCCUGUGGAAUCUUAGGGAGAACUGAAAACAAAAACCCUUUAUCAUUUGCCACAGAAGGGUACUGUCUCUCUUCUGACAUGGUGGGUGGGUAUUUUUGAGCCAGUAUUUAACAAUUCUUUUUUAAUCUAAAGACAUUUUAAAAAUCUGUUUUGUUGUGUUUAAUUUUCACAUUGGAGCAAUCUCUUUGGAAAUGCCUCUUCUUGUGUCUUUAAAACUUCAUAUCUUUCUGGGGCCAGUGUGGUGGGUUUUGAUGUGGUGUCACCAUAGGGCAGAGUGUGCUAGAGGCACAAGCAUAAAAAUGCAGACCACCUCCUCGAUUCAGAUCUGCACUGGGUGAGCUACACUGCUUGAGUCAAUGAAAACCAUGGGCACUGGCGCUUCUAACCUUUCACCCGAUGGCCCAAUGCGUGUGGUUUGAAAAGCUCCACUGCAGCACUGAGAGAAGAUUGAGGCACUGAUUGUGCCUGAGUGCCAAAACCUGUUAAAGCAGCUGGUACUUAAUGAGUCGUAACUGAAACCGCAGUUGAUCUCCGCAAGCUCUUCACGCUGAAUGUUCUUCCAGAGUCGGUCAGGAAUGACAAGGGAGCACCUUGGCAAAUGGAGAGGUGCAGGGCCGUGGACUGCGGCCACCACUGGGUGAUCCAGAGGUCUCUGUUUUGUUGGCCUAUAGGAAGACGGUUGAUCCCAAAGUGUCAGAGCAGAGCCACUCUCUCCUCCCGAAUAGCAGUGUCUGUUCAGCUUCCCUCCCAGGAACCUACAUUAGGAUGCGGUUUGAAAAGACUGCCUUCUAGGGGAACCUGUGACCACUGGGACCCUGCCCGAUGGUGACCGACUGUGUGGCCGUGCCUAACUGGGGAAGCCAUCUUUGGCAACAGACUUCUCUAGAUUCUGUCUGCUUGCUUGCUUCGUACAGGGCCUCGCACAGAUGCUCGAAACUGACGGCUCCCAUUCUGAGGUCUUUUCUCAGGAGAACUCCUUUCCCCAGGAGAGAGCCUCGUCCCUGCCCUUGUCCACCCCAGAGCCUUUGCACUGAGGGCAGGCCUUGAUCCACAAGGAGAUGAGCAUUUGGCAGGAUUGUCCUAAAAUUUGCGAAAGAUUUGCGUUUCUAAGACGCACAAGCUUUUCAAACCAGUGGUAAUUAACCCAAUCUAAGGCUCAGUAUUGAAAAGCUGGCUUUCCUAGAGGCUAAUUUUGAGAUCUUUCCACCGGUGGAGGGGCUAGUGAGGAGGUGGAGUACAUAGCAGCCUGAGUGCUUGGUUACCAUGGAAACUGGAGUGUGUGAGGCCACCGCCAGUGCUAAGGAGCCAGUGAGCACUCCCCGAGACGUGCUUGGGGGCCCGCAGAACCUGUUGGGAAAUCACUCCCACCCCAGGUCCUUUCUCCAUAGCAGGGUCGCCUUUGCCCUGUCCCUGACUCAGCAAGAGACGCAGGGUUUCUUAACUGUGUCACCAUUUUUUAUUUUUCAUUCUUUGACUAUAUAUCCUAUAUAUAUGUAACUGUAAAGAAACAAUUAUAUGUGUUGUCUUUCUUUUAUAUUCAUGUAAUAUUCUGAAAUUAAAUUUGUUUUAUAUCCAUAA